AUGCCUUCGCACAUUCCCAUUGUCAAGAAGAGGACGAAGCACUUCAAGCGUCACCAGUCUGACCGCUACCAUGGUGUCAAGGAGUCCUGGAGGAAGCCCAAGGGUAUCGACAACCGCGUUCGUCGUCGCUUCAAGGGCCAGCUCCCCAUGCCCAAGAUCGGUUACGGCUCGAACAAGAAGACCCGCCACCUGAUCCCCUCUGGCCACAAGGAGGUCCUCGUCCACAACCUCGCCGACCUCGAGCUCCUUCUCAUGCACUCGAACCAGUACGCCGCUGCCAUCGCCCACGGUGUCUCGUCCAAGAAGCGCAUUGAGAUCCUCUCGCGCGCCAAGAUCCUCGGCGUCAAGGUCACCAACGCCGCCGCCAAGCUCCGCACUGAGGAGGCCUAA